UUCCGCUCGCUUCCGCCCGCGGGUUGGAGGUGGCGUGAAAGGGAAAGCGGUUGUUUUCGUCGCAGCUUCAGCCGGAGAUUGAGAGAGCGAGAGAGGCCGGCCGUGAGAGGACCAUCCGCGGCACGAUGCCCACCGUGGAGGAGCUGUACCGUAAUUACGGCAUCCUAGCCGACGCCAAGGAGACCGCGGCCGAGGUGCGAGCGGGCGGGCGGCUCGGACUGCGCGCGGGGCUCCUGGGCCUAGGCGGCGGCGGGGGAACAUCGGCGCCUUUAUGCGGCGGAGGCGGCUAUGGGGAGGGGGGAGAAAGGAGGACGAGCCAGGCUCCCCACUCUCUGCCUCUGCUCACCUCCCUCCCCCCGUCAUGAGUCUGGAUUCGGACCCCCCCCCCUUGGGGGGCACCUCCUCCCCCUCCGCUAGAAAUCUUCCAUUGAGAAGGUGCCCCUUCCUUAGCUAAACAACCUGAGGGUAGGAGCUUGAAAUCACGGCUGGCCCGAAGGCUCUUGGCAAAGGCCUGCUUAAAAAAAUAAAAAAAAAAUCCGGUUCUUUUUCGUAAAAGGAUAAAGAAGAGGUGUUUUGUGAGGGGGGGACGGGACGUGCAGUGUAGUAAUCCCGUGCUCGCUUCUCCCAGCGCUCGUUUAGUUCAACAGGUUUUUUUCUCCUCAAAAGUAAACCUGUUUAGAAUUGCGGCCGCAGCAUACCAUGUGCUGCCUGCUGCGCUUGCUUAUAGAGGCAGGGUUGUAGUCGUGUUUAUGUGGGCGUUCAUUCAGAAAUCCAUAGUCGCAAGUGAUGCGAUAUAACAUCUCAUUUUGUAUAACAUGUAGCAUUACGUUGUCGUGAGUAUGCAUCCCUACAGCUCAGCCCUAUGCAUGUUUACUUACCAUUCCUCCUGUGUUCAGUAGUGUGUGUUUUAGAAUUGUGGCCUUAAGAGACUUGUGUGCCAUGCAUCCUCUUCUAAAGCCAUUGCCCCAAGGGAUGCCCUUUCCCCAGUGCUGUACUGUACUCACAAACACAGGGUUCCCCCCCCCCCAGCUCUUCUUCUUGUAAACAUCUGUGUUUGCUGUGUUGUACCUUGAUGUGUGUAAAAGAUGGGGGGGGGUCUUCUUUUUUUGCACUAUAUUUCCACCCGCGAUGAUCCAUGGCUCUGUCUCCUCCAACACUUGGGGACACCUAGCAGUAGGUUAUGAAGAGCAUAUAAAGUAUCCAUCUACAAUUAAACACUGCACACAUAAUGGUAAAAGUGUUCAGCUCUUUCCCAGAUUAAGCCUGCUCCCCAAAAGCUAGGACAAAUAGGAUUAUAUUGCAGUAUUUGUAGAAGAUGCUUGCAAUGCAAUCCUAUACAUGGCUUACUGAAUUGAGUGAAACUUACUCCCAUGUACAUGGGCAUUGGUUUGCAACCUUAGACUUUUAGGAAAAGUGGUUUUAUAGUUAUCUAACAGACACUAAAAAUAACUAUGGGUGCUGUUUGGCACAUGAGUAGUGGUGGUGAGAUCUGCAGUGGAUAGUGGUGAUAUACUCUCGGAUAUGCCUAAGCUAUAAAUAUCUCAUUCUUUAUAUAUAAAUUUAUUCAGAGCCUUAGAACAGUAUUCUGAUAUUGCAGUAGAUUAUUGCAUCUGUUAACUGCAUAAAGCAGAGAGUUUCUAUCUUCUGUCUUAGCACAAAGAUGCUUACCAGGUGAUCUUGGAUGGUGUCAAGGGAGGUGCCAAGGAGAAGAGAUUAGCAGCACAAUUUAUUCCAAAAUUCUUCAAACAUUUCCCUGAACUGGCAGAUUCAGCUAUCAAUGCCCAACUGGACCUUUGUGAGGAUGAAGAUGUUUCUGUAAGUAUUUUUUCAUCGGCACUUAGCACUUGCAUCUUGUUCCUUCUGAUUUCAUCCGUUCCCCUCUCAUCCCCACCCCACUAACAGAUUAACCAUAAAAAAUUUGUGGGGGAACAGAACACUUUUCACUCAUAAGGUCUAAACCAGGAGAAACAUCUUUGGGUUAUUUAACCAGGAUUGGCAUGCUUGUCAAUUGAUUAGUAAAUUAUUUUAUGAAACAAAAUUAUGGGAAGUUGAUAGUGUAUUUUAAAAAAAAAUGUACCAUAUAAUCAUCUGGGAGCAAGUGUGGGUACCUUUUUUACCUGUUCAUCAGGAGUUGGGGUUCAUACAAACUUCAUUUAGGCACAGGCAUCAGUUUUCAAAAAGUAUUUUCAUAUACAGUAGUUUAUUUAUGAAUUUAUAAGCUUCUCUUCAACAUGUGCUCCCAACAUAUAUGGUGUAAAAUUUAAAAUGAAUUAACAAAAUAAUUUAAAUACCAAUUUCAAAAGAACAAUGCAAACUAGCAAAAUCAAAACAGGAAUGACUCCCAAAGGCAGGAUGAAACUACAUCAUCUUUGCCUGUUUACAAAACAAUGACAUAAAGUGAGAAAGUUGUACAGAAAAGGUUCAUCCUUAAAUCUGUUUUAGUUGUUAAAAUGUUUAGCAACAGUGCAAGAGGAAAUUUGUCAUUUUAAACUUGUCUGUGUUGUAGUUUUAUUUGGGUGUGUGUUAACCUCAGUAGAUAUUGAUGUGACUUUUACACUGUUCAUCUGUUGUACUGUGAUGAUCUAAUGACAGAUAAGCAUGUCAUAUUUACAUAUCUACCAUAAAGUAAGUCCCAUUUUCAGAGGAGCUUCCUCCCAGGUACAUUGAUAUAGGAUUUCAGGCUAAAUCCCUUAGCGGAGCCUCAUGGUAGCCUUAGGCCUCUUGCAAUUAAGUAACGGUGAACAUAAAAACUGACAGCACAAUCAGACAAUAGAUUGUGUCUGACUUUCCCAACCUUUUUUUUUAAGCUUUAUCAUCUGUGUAAGAGAAUUUUAAUUCCUUGGUUGGUGAAUGUGUGUGUCUUUGUUUUGUUUAUAGAUCCGGCGCCAAGCAAUCAAAGAAUUACCUCAGUUUGCUACCGGUGACAACCUCCCCAGAGUGGCAGAUAUACUCACCCAACUUCUUCAGUCAGGUAGAAGAGAUUGGUGUUUGUAUUUGUAACCUUACAAGAUGUAAUCAGAGCAAGGUUAUAGAUUCAUUGCUAUGGUUGUAUUCCUUAACCAUCUUGUUUUUUCCAUGUCAAUAUUUGCAGUUCUGUAUUUUAGGAGUCUUCACCAGCCCAUAACUUUUGCUGUCUUACCUACCAUUCAAAUUUCUAAACACUCUGACCCUUCUUUGAUUGAAAACUCAACAUGUACAGGGAGCUGGCAAUCUGUACAUUCUAAAAGGUGCUUGUCAAUCUUGACUCGUGCUAAAAGGUACAUAGUCCACAGUGCAGGAAAGGGCUAUGCUAAUGUACCAUUGCAGGCAGAAAAGCACAGGCAUGCCUCAGAACCAAAUGGAACCCCUACCAUUCUGUGUCUUUCACUAGAAGGUGCCCUCUUCUAGUGCACUGGCACAGCAGCUGGUACACCUACUCUGGCUAGUGCAGGAAUUCUUCAUGCUAGCUUCUUGGGGAAGAAGUAUCCACAACCUCUAGGUCUUUGUCUUAAAAGCUGCAUAGGUUUGUUGGAAACAAUGCUGCUUCACAUGUUGCAAUGAAACUUUUUGCUUCCCACAGUUAAAUGGGAUAGAUAGAUGUAUAUGGCUUCUAGACAUUGGCUGAAAUCCAGUGGUGUUCAUUCACUGGUGGAAUGUACACUUUUGGCAGAAUGAAUUCCUUCUCCUGCCCCUAUCACCUAAAGCAAUAGAUUCCCUCUGGAGCAGAGGGGCAGGUGCAAGGGGAUAUAAAUGAAGGGGGAGGUCUGCUUGUGUGGUGUUGUAUGUUGCCCAUUGAUUAAACAUUGUUGUCUUUCUAAGUUUGUUCUGAGUAUAAGCUUUCAUGAGCAUGCACACUUCUUCAGAUAUUCUUCAGUGUGCAUGCACACGAAAGCUUAUACCCAGAACAAACUUAGUUGGUCUCGUAAGGUGCUACUGGACAAUUUUUUAAAUUUAUUUCAACCACGUCAGACCAACACAGCUACCUACCUGAAUCUAGAAUUGUUGUCUUUGUGCUUGUUUCUGUUGUAUUCUGCUUCUUUUGUUUGUUUCUGUUGUAAAAUAAGCAGUGUUAUUUAUAAAUUAUAAAUUAUUUAUAAUAUUAUAGUUUAUAAAGAAUAUUUUAAAAAACAGUGCUCUCAGGUUAAAACCUGGACAUGCUUUGAUUAAUUUUUGCAAACCACAAUAUGGAUUAUAAGAAUAGUAUUCAGAUAACAGAAGAAAUGGCAAAAUGAUUAAAGAAGCAGUUUAUUAAUCAGAUAAGACAGACCCGCUUUGAGGAAGAUGGAAGUCUAUUGGGGAAGAUAAGGAAUUGGGAAUUAAGAAUAUGGUGGCAUAAGUUCUUUUGUAAGAACAUAUGGUUUUAUGGAUAUAUGUAUGGGUUUUUUUGUGUGGUUUUUUUUUGUUUAUCAUAUUUGUUAAUUUCUUGUAUGUGUUUGCUAAGCAAGAAAACUAAUAAAAAGCAUAUUAAAAAAUAAGCAGUGUUAUUAUUAUGCUAUCAUUGUGCAUGGUGUUUUACAGGGAAUGUUUUAUAUGCUUCUUGGAAGGGAAUAAACAUAAGUCAGCUGAUGCAGCUUUGUAUUUGUACUGCUAUGUUAUCUGCCUUCUGUUUUUCAGACUAUGGUUUUGCCACUUUCAUUCUUCACCUGGUUCUUUGAAUAAUUUCUUAUCACAUGAGAUUCUAGUUUGUGUCGAUUUCCAGUGCUUCACUUUAUUUAGCUAGAAUUAAAAAUAUUUUUCAUCUUUAAUUUUCUCUUUUCCCCAGAUGACUCUGCAGAAUUCAACUUGGUUAACAAUGCUUUGCUAAGCAUAUUUAAGAUGGAUGCUAAAGGUAAAAUAUGCCUUAUAUCCUGACAUUUAUAAAUUGUUUGUACGCUCUGUUGGAUCUUUUGGGAUGAGAAUUGACUAUCUUUUGGGAGAUACGGAAUAGUUACCAGUCUGAAUACCUUUUUGACAAUAAUAAUAGAACAAUUUGCAAAGAUACAAAGAAUAUAAUUUUGUGUAUUACAAUAGAUAGCUAUUCCAGAGGAGGGUAUAGAUCUUUUAGAAGCAACAGGAUUUUUUCUACUAAUGUGGUAUAUAACAUUUACAAUUAUUUAUGCCAUUUCCAUGUAGCUGACUCAUGUUAUUCUUUGGCGAUCACUUGUAGCCAAGUAAGAUUGUCUUCCAUAAACAUGGUUUUAACAGUGAGUCCGUAAAUGACGGUGGAGGCCAGUUCUGGAUCCACAUGUCCUUCCACAGUGGCAACAUAGGUUUCCAGGCGGGAGUUGAUCACAGUGAGGGUUUUCCAAGCGUGCUUUCCUCUUAGCACGUUUCUCCCUUUUGUCCUGAGCUCGAACGUCUUCAAAGCCUAUGACACCUUUAGUAAAGGCUGUUCUCCAUUUGGAGCGCUCUCAGGCAAGUGUUUCCCAAUUGUUGGUGUUUAUACCACAUUUUUUAAGAUUUGCCUUGAGAGAGUCUUUAAACCUCUCCUGAUGACCACCAGCAUUACGCUUUCCAUUUUAAAGUUCGGAAUAGAGUAGUUGCUAUGGAAGGUGAUAAUCAGGCAUCUGCACAACAUGACCAGUCCAACAAAGUUGAUGUUGAAGAAUCAUUGCUUCAACACUGGUGAUCUUUGCUUCUUCCAGUACACUGGCAUUAGUUUGCCUGUCAUCCCAGGUGAUGUGUAAAAAAAAUUUGGAGACACCGUUGACAAAAUCUUUUGAGGAGUUGGAAAUGGUGUUUAUAACAUAUAACAUAUGUUAUAUAAAUACUCAAAUAUCUAACAAAAUUAUAUUCCUUUCCAUUGUAAAGGGAUGCUUAUGUGAUAUUUAUUUCUAUUUUAGGAACACUGGGUGGUUUAUUUAGUCAGAUUCUUCAAGGAGAGGAUAUUGUACGAGAAAGAGCCAUCAAAUUCCUCUCCACAAAACUCAAAACACUGCCUGAAGAGGUGUUAACAAAAGAAGUAGAAGAACUCGUACUAACAGAAUCGAAGAAAGUGAGUACAUUAGUUUAGUUAAAUUAUGUUCUUCAUAACAGAAUUGCUUCCUAUCAGAACACAUUAAGUACCACCUAUGGGUGUAAAUUAAAAAUGCAGCUAAUAGUGUUGCUUCACCAGUUCAAGAUUCUGAAACAUUUUAGUUGAGUCUAGCAAAGGUAUGCUAUUUUUCCUGUCGGGUGGUUGCUGACCCCCCGCCGCCCCAAAUGAACUAUCAAGACUACAAACAUUUUUGUCUGCUUUGGAGAAUACCUAAGUUAGCUAUCUAGGGGGGUGAUACUGGAAUUGGAGGAAUAAAUUUUACUACCUCACAUACCAUAUGUGUAGGAAACACGUUGUCAAGCCACUUGGUAAUGUUACCUAUCUAACAUCUAUUGAAUCUUACAUUUUACAUUAUCUAAAAUUGAAUAUCAGCUUUGCUAAUAAAAAGACUAUAAUCUUCGUAUUCACUUUUGUUCACAGCCACAUAAGGGUUAUUUUCCAUUUAGUGGUGGAGACGCAUCCAAGUGAUAGCUAGCAUUUAUUUUAAGAUGGAGAGAAGCCAUUGUUCCUUAAUCCCAUUUUUAUAUUUGCUCAGAGAAAAGUCCCACUGAGUACAGUAGAGCUUUGGCCCAGGUAAAUUUACAAAGGUUUGCAGCCUUAGACCCAUUGUAUUAAAUAAAACAAGUUAAUUUGCAACAGCACUUAGGUUCUGUGUGGAUUCAACACUGAAUCAAAGUGUUGGAUUCAGAAUGUUCGCCCAAGAUUCAAAUUCUGCUCAGAUAUGAAACAUUGGGGGAGAUCAUUCCAUCUGACUUUUAUUGCAUGGAAGCUUUAAUACUAAAGGAAGAGCUUUUUAAAAUGGUUUGUACACUGAAAUGUGCUGUUAAAAAAUUAAGCGAGGAAUGAUCAUUUGCAAAGAAAAAUAACACAUGGGCACUUGUUCCCACCUGCAUUGGUAUGAUUCUUCAUUCUUUUCUAUUUUUCUCUUUUCUUAAGGUGCUCGAGGAUGUGACAGGAGAGGAGUUUGUCUUGUUUAUGAAGAUACUAUCAGGCUUGAAAAGCCUGCAGACAGUGAGUGGGAGGCAGCAGCUAGUUGAACUAGUGGCUGAACAAGCUGAUCUUGAGCAGACCUUCAAUCCAUCUGACCCCGAUUGUGUGGAUAGACUCUUACAGUGUACUCGUCAAGCAGUCCCACUUUUCUCAGUAAGUAUUUAUGGUGUUUUGUUUUUUAGGUGUUGUGACUGUUGUGACAAUACAGCAUGGCUGUAUUGGUUGUGUCAGAAUGACUAUCCCAUAAUACAAUACAGUGGUACCUCGGGUUAAGUACUUAAUUCAUUCCGGAGGUCCGUUCUUAACCUGAAACUGUUCUUAACCUGUAGCACCACUUUAGCUAAUGGGGCCUCCCGCUGCCGCUGCGCCGCCGGAGCAUGAUUUCUGUUCUCAUCCUGAAGCAAAGUUCUUAACCUGAAGCACUAUUUCUGGGUUAGCGGAGUCUGUAACCUGAAGCGUAUGUAACCUGAGGUACCACUGUACACAACUGUGAAAAGUUGCAAGACCGUUGCAUGUGUCACUGAUAUAUAUUUAUAAAAUAGCUUGUAUGCUACUUUUGUCCCCUCAAGGACUCUCCCAAUAAAUAGAGCAAGGCCAUCAAUUUCAUUGGAUCUACCCUGAGUAUGAUUAAUGUUUGGUAUCACUCAAUAAAAUCUAGUUAAGAUAGAUUAAAAUCAAGUGCAGAAUAAAAUUAACCAAAACAAAUCAGGGACGAGACAACAAAAUUCAAAUCAGAUUAAAAACCAAGUGGAAUUAAAAGAAGCUGAAUUUAAAGCUUUAAAGAAAGGAAACCAACCCAUUUAAGGUACCUGUUUGCUAGAGUUGUAGCUUUCCUAUCUCUCACUGUAUGUAAAUCACACCACUGUUUUAUCUGAGCAUGCUUGCUGUCUAAAAUCUUUGAAGGUGUUUCAGUCUCGGAAAACAGUGUCAUGUUUACGUAGUAGUAUGCUAACUUAAUGAUCUUGUGAUUAAAAAGGCUUUUAGUGCUAGCUGCUAUCAAAUGAAAAAUUGGAAUUGUGCAGCAAAGCACUGGAAAAUGUUGCUGUUACAGCUGCUAUUUUGUUUUUCUACAGAAAAAUGUUCACUCCACAAGAUUUGUCACUUACUUCUGUGAGCAUGUGCUGCCAAACUUGAGUUCCCUGACCACCCCAGUUGAAGGCCUUGAUAUACAGUUAGAGGUAAGCUAAUCUGGAAAUAUCUCAUGGAGCCUGAAUUAUAGGUAUCCAAGGUAUGCCAAAAGAAGAUAGGAAGAAAUUUAUUGCUAAUUUGGACCACUGACAAGGCUGAUUCUGCUUGUCUUAUUUUAUACUCUCUCCUAAAGUAUUACAUAGAUUUGCUUUUUUAUCAUGUGUGCUGCUAUGCAGAACAAAAUUCAAACAAUUUAUGCAUAUAGCCUGCAGCCUGAAAGAAUGCUGUUCAACUAAGAUCCUACAGGAGUCACUAUCUUCCACCCUCUAGGCACAUUUUCUGAUUUGCACUGUCAUAUCCAGGAAUAAGCCCUUUCUUUCUGUCUUAAAAUCUGUUCUUUUUUUUAUAAUUCUCAUGGUAUAAAGUUGCAACUGUUAAUUUUCCAAUGGCUUUUUUUCCUCUCUCCCCACCCACUGUAGGUGCUGAAACUGCUUGCUGAGAUGAGCUCCUUUUGUGGAGACAUGGAAAAGCUAGAAUCAAAUUUGAAGAAGCUUUUUGAUAAACUACUGGUAAGAGGAUUAUUAGUCUUAAGAGAGAGAGUGAAAGUUUGUAAUUAGAUUUCAUUAUGCCUUUUAUUUUAUUUGAAUUGAAAAGCACCUAGUGUAAUGAUAGUACUUCCAGAGGGAUAACCAUGUUGUAAUAGCUAAUUGCUUUAGCAGAUUUGAACACCAGAUGUUGACUAAUUUUCAUAGACAGUGUGUUUACAAGUGUGAAGAAGUUCAAUUCUCUGUGGAUAGCACAGCACUUGAAAGAUGCUUGAACAGCAGCCGGGAGGAAAUACAUGCUUGGCUUCAAUAGUAAAGGGCAUGGACUCACAAAUUGUGUCCAGCUUUGGUAGCUAGACCACCAAACCACAGGUGGGGUACUGUUGUCAUCCUCCAAAAUUGGGCUCCCCCGCCCCCUGCCUUGGUGUGAUCUGUAAGGGAGCCAUAAAUUUGUGGGGCUGGGUGUAGUCUUCCCAUCUCUGUCUUCCCGUCUUCUAAGUGGGCUGCAAGAGGAGGAUUUAUUAUUUAUAAUCUUUUGCAUACUGCCCUUCAUCCAAAGAUCACAGGGUGGUUUAAAUUAUAAAAACACAAAAAUAUAUACAGUGGUACCUCAGGUUACAGAUGCUUCAGGUUACAGACUCCACUAACCCAGAAAUAAUACCUCGGGUUAAGAACUUUGCUUCAGGAUGAGAACAGAAAUUGUGCGGCAGCCGAAGGCCCCAUUAGCUAAAGUGGUGCUUCAGGUUAAGAACAGUUUCAGGUUAAGAACAGACCUCCGGAAUGAAUUAAGUUCUUAACCCGAGGUACCACUGUAUCACAAUAGCUAACAAUAACCCCCCACGCCUUUUUUAAAAAAAGUCUCUGUCCUGUGGUCUGAUUACCGAGGGUCCCCACCACCACUUCUUUAAUCACUCCCUUUCCCCAUGUUUCCAUCUGGGCUCCCUUCACCAAUAUGAAAUUGGGGAAGAGUCUGCCCACCCCUGUAGUAGGCAAUGGGAAUGAAUUCCAUCUGAAUAUAUGCCUAUGUCUUUGUCUUGCUGCCAAGGAGAGAGUCAGGAGGAGAACAGGGACACUGGAAUGGAUAAACACUCUGCAGAUGUCAAGAUGCAGUGGAAAAUGGCAGACAAAAGCCGACUAAUCUUGACUGAGUGAAGUAAAAGGGAACAUUUAAAAUGCUGCUACCUACUCUCACUCAGUCGGAGAAGUAGAAGGGAGGAGCAGGGACAGAAUAAUAGGGGAAAUGUUGGCAGUUUGUGUGUUCUGGUUUUUAAAAGGACAAAUACGGCUUGAGAUUGCACCCUAAUUCUGACAGCUGGGAUUAAAUAUACUUGGCUGUGCAACCAUGUUUGUGAACCUCUUUCGGAAGGAGAUUUGGUAACGAAUACAUAGUUGAGGCAAUGACAUCUUAAAUACUAGAUGAAGUAACAAGUGUCAAUUCUUCUGGUUUCUGUUUCUCAGGAAUACAUGCCACUCCCUCCAGAAGAAGCGGAGAAUGGGGAGAACGCUGGCAAUGAAGAGCCCAAAUUGCAGUUCAGCUAUGUGGAGUGUUUGUUAUAUAGCUUUCAUCAACUAGGUCGAAAACUUCCAGACUUCCUGACAGCCAAGCUGAACACAGAGAAAGUGAAAGACUUUAAAAUCAGGUAGCAUUAAAGUGUAUGCAUGUGCAGACUUCAUUAGAAUAGCAGUAAUGGAGUCAUGUAGAAUCCUGCUGAUCUUUUCUCUGCCAAUUAUAAUUAACCAUAUGAUUAAUAAGCAAGCAUUAGCCAAUAAUAGAAAAGGUUAACUAAAACUUCAGACUGAAAAUAUUGAAGAUACUGUUCCUAGUUUUCAGGGCAAUAGGGAAAUGUCUAUGUCAGAAUAGCUGUAUAGCUCCAAACUGACAUUUCAAACUUGCUUCUGGCCCUCUAAAAUUAAUGAGAGAAUUCUUCUCAGUUUUCUUAUUAAAAGUUACUUGUUGGAUAUGUCAUAUUGUCUUUCUGUAACUCAAACUAGCCUAUACUUGUAUAGCAAUGAAAUGAAUAGUUUACUGGGCGGUGAAACAAAAUGCCUUUAGCUUUUUAAUAUGCACCGAAGGCUUAUCGAGUAUAAAAGCUGUAAUGCUUCCAACAAAGAAUUACCUUUACGUUCGUGACCUGUAGCAUAUUAAUACUGAACUGCAAUUUAAGCUGCUCUUGAAGAACUUAUAAAGGGCUCACAUGUUCCGAAUUCUCAGAUCAAAUGGCACUUUGACCAAUAGUAACCGAAAUGAGUCUAAGGAUUAUUUAGUGGAUUUUAGUGGAUCUCAAUAUUUGUGUCCCUUGGUGACCCUAGGUUAGGGCUUUGCUCUGAGGUUUUCUGCUAACCUCCAUGUGAGAUUUCCUCCAUGCCUUUGUUCCAUAAUCAGUUUCUAAAAUUGAUAAAGGAGUGGUUAGAUGCCAAAGACUACAUAAUUCUUUCAGAUUUCUCUUCAGCAUCAGAACAAUCUUCUCCAUGGUCAGUGACAGCAUCUGGCAUCCUGGGGGUAGGAUCCAUCCUUAACACCUGCCUUAGACACUUUUAUUCCCUCCCGCCCCCCGACCCAGUGAUCCAAGCAGCACAGAGUCUACCCAGCAUUUAAAAUUGGCAUUAUGGGAAGUUUUUCAUAUAUAUUUGCAUUUUCUAUUUUACAUAUACAAAUGAAAUAAAAACAUAAACAUAUAAACCCCUUUAUAAAUCAGAGCUUGCCGUCCACUGCCAUUCCAUGGUAACCUGGAAGUCAUUAUGGGAAAUUUUUCAUGGUAGCUGUCGCAACUAGGACCCCCGGUAGACUAGAGAGCCAACUUUGAUUUUAGUCGCAUUUGGCACCAGCUUGGCUGCAGGAGUUGCCGGAAGGAGACGUACAAGGCACUAUCCAUCCGUCAAAAGGGACUCCACUCUGGGUUUGUGUAGGGUUUACACCUUAGCCUUUUCUUCUCCUGGAAAUACCCUUCAAGGCAGUGAAGGUUUAGGAUCAAAGUUCUGCUUCUCUCAGUAAAAUGUUCUUGGUUUUGAUUGAUGUUUAAAUUAUAUUUGAUAUUAAAAAGUAUUGAUUCAUAAAUCUACCCCAAAGUUUAUUCCUCUAUAGAGACACCUUUAUUUAGGACAUUCUACAUAAGGUCUCUUACUUAGGCAAAUUCAGUUUGCCAAAUGUCUUUCUGUUGAGGCUUUUCUUUUUUCAAGAUACUAGCAGUUUUCCUUUUUAUCAUCUUGAUUUCACUGUGUGUUGCAUAACUUACUGUUCAGCUAUUCUCUUUUGUUAAAGAUUACAGUAUUUUGCUAGAGGACUGCAGGUUUACAUCCGACAGCUUCGUUUGGCGCUCCAGGGCAAAACAGGAGAAGCAUUAAAGACAGAAGAGGUAUGUAGUCCUCUGUGACGGCAGUACCUUAGCUGAAUUUACCAUAAUGAUUUUAUCACAGUAUAGUCUGAUGGAGAAAGCUCGUGACAGUGGCUUUGAUCGGUAGUAACUGGGGGUGUUGCUCACAAAAAAUAGUUUUUCCAAAUUGCCCUGUGCCUUCUGAAAAUCUGCUCCCGAGGGUGGUGAGACUGUCAGGAUAUGAUAUGGGAGCUGCACAAAGGGGGAAUUGAUGAAAAUCGGGGAUGUCUUUUUCCAUGAGCAGAAGUAUCUCUCCACUUAAGCAAGCUCCCUUGGAUUGAACUAAUUGAAGAGUGUCACUGUAUCGCUUCUAUUUUUAUGCAUCCACUCUGUUUCACAGAGAACAGAAAAGCAGUGUGUUGCUAGAAGUGUAGCAAGGGGGGGGGGAGGUUUUGCACCAAUCCUCCACAUAAGCCAAAGGGCCAUAACUAAACUACAUGUGCAUGUGAUUAUGCAUGAAAGAUUCCAGACUCUAGCAACUGGUAGUCUUUCAGAUGGAAAAUAGUUUUCCUCAGUGUUGUUGUUCAUUUAAAGAAAAGAAAAGAAUGCACUGAGCUUCAUUGGAAACAUCUUAAAUAUAGACUUAAAAACAAUUUAAUUUUAACAUUUCUAAGAUAGCCUUUCUCCUUUUUUGCAGAACAAAAUUAAAGUGGUUGCGCUGAAAAUUACAAAUAACAUAAAUGUUUUAAUCAAGGUAAGCCCUUCUAUAUUUUAUUACUGGAUUUGUUUAAAAAGGAUGGUUUGGUGAAGAUAUUAGUCCUGAAGCUAUUUGUGACCAAUCAAUUCUGUGGCCCUAACUCUCUUCUUUCUGGAAACAGAAAUACUGUUCCAGUAACUUUUGCUGGGUGCUGCUCAGCCCAGUCAGAUGGGUUGCAGCAUUAUUAUUAUUAUUAUUAUUAUUAUUAUUAUUAUUAUCAAAUGUAGUAGAUUCUUUCCUCACCCUGUUGUGCUUGAGCAUUAUACCAAACCUGUAGGGAAAUUUAGUCUGUUUUCAAAAACAGUGCAAGAAACAAUGGAAUUUGAUCAAAUCCUUUACAAGAACAUAAAAGAGAAGUGAGUGAGAGAGAGACUGAAUUAAUACUUAAUGCUGAUCCUAAUGAUGGAUUUCCCCAAAUGUGGAUUUUGGAGUGAAUUUUUUUUUAAAUCCAGGAAAUCUGUCAUCAUGCAAUAAAUUUUGAAUUGGGGAACUUUAGUUUUUAACAUCUAUUCUUCAGCUGUUUAGAGUACUAUUCCCAGAAACAUAUAAUUCCCAUUUUGUCUCAAGGAUCUCUUCCACAUUCCCCCUUCAUACAAGAGCACAGUGACGCUGUCAUGGAAACCAGUACAGAAAUCUGAAGCUGGGUAAGUUAGCAGUGAAUGACUUCCAACUAUUUAUGUAUUUCUCUCUUGUCUUUCUGCCCUCCAGCAGAUCUCUGUUAAUGUAAUGUUGGAAUCUUCUUUUAAAUCUAUUUAUACAUCUAUAAAGUUAUGCCAAAAAUGUUAUUCUGCACAAGUUAUGAUUUUGUAUACAUUCAUUCAUUCAUUCAUUGAGUCAGUGUGUUUGAACAUCCAAAGGAGAGUUAAGAUAAAAGGAAUAAUAGAAUUGUAGAGUUGGAAGGUACCUCAAGGAUCAUCUGGUCCAACCCUGCAAUGCAGGAAUCCCAGCUAGAGAUGGCCACCUAACCUCUGCUUUAAAAAGAAUAUACUUUAUUUAGCAAAACAAAUAGUCGCUUCAGCAAUUGUAAUAACUUUACUCUGGAAAGAGAGAGAUGGGUUGGGAUCCAGAGAAGUUCGGCAACAUGUUCCCAUGCACACAGGAGAAGUACAGGGGGCUGAUAAUCUUUGCAUUCCUUCUUUGCAUUCCUUCUAGAAGUACCCACUCCUGGUGAGGAGCUGCUCCAAAGAGUCCUUAACCUUUCAGAGACUACUGCUGCUAGAAUAGGGAGAGCUACAAAUACUGCAUGUCUGAGCAGAAUACCAUAUGCAGUGCCUGGGAUCCUGGCAUCUUGGUCCUAAAAAAGAUGGCUAAUCUAGGAGUCACCUCUUCUCUAGGCAAAACAUAAGGCUACCUAGUAUCUUCUUUACUUGAGAAUAAGCAGAUGGUGGGUUUUUCUUUUUAUAAAAAUAAAAAUAAGCAAGCUGCUUUUAUAUUUUUCUGCUAUUGGUGUCUGGAAAUAAAAGUAAAAGCCCACCUGUUCUUGCAGAGGAGCAGGCUUUUCCAAACACAGGGUAACCAAGAUGGUGUCUUCCAGAUGUUACUUGACUUGUAACUCCCAUCAUCCCUGGCCUGUAGCUAUGCUGGCUGGGGCUAUCUGGAGAGCACUUUGGUUACUUACCUCUGCUCUAAGAAAAAUAGAAGCUUUGGUUAUUAAGGUGAUGUUCAGUUUUAUCAAUUUUGUGACAUAUUUGCCCUGAGCGCUCUCAUUUUAUUUUAAUUUUUAAUUUUACAAACAAAUGAGCUAGAGAGUAAGGUAAUAGGAAUCUUCUUGCUUUGAAAUGCUAGGAAUUUUUGUUCUGUGCUAUUAAUGUUGCAUGUCUGUAAAUUAACUUUAUACGAAAAGCCUUCAUUAAGUUUUCCAUUGCUGUACAUAUUGGGUUCAUUUUUUUAAAGUCUUAUUUGUCUCUGCAAUAUUUUUUUCCCCUAUUUUCUUUGAAGGCAAAAAAGAGCAAGUGAGGAUGCAGCUUCAGACUUGCCAACAAAGAAGGCUCCAGCAGGACCAAAAAGGGAUGCCAGGCAGAUAUACAAUCCACCCAGUGGGAAAUACAGUAGUAACCUGGGAAAUUUUUCUUAUGGUAAGCGUUGCAAGAGAUUGUGUUAUUCUGUGCAGGGGAGAAAUAGGAUUCUGUUUUGUGUUGUAAGAUGAGUUGCCAGGCUCUGUUGCCUUUGGGCGGUGGUGUUCUCUGGUAUUCCUGUUCAUGAAUUUUGUGUGUGCUUUUUCGAGAUACAAUCUUGGCAUGAUUUUGAUUUACAUAUCAUAUUGAACAAUGUCUAGACAGGUGUAGCAAGCCUGUGGCCCUCCAGAUGCUAUUGGACUGCAGCUGUUGUUAGUCGAGCAACAUCUGGAAAGCCUCAGGUCUCCUGUCUGUGGUCUAGUACAAGAUAUUUAUUUUUGGUCUCAUUGGCAUUUACCUGUAUAAAAUUUCAAACUGUCACAUCCAAUUCUUGAGUCAGGUUUUAUUCACAUUGAAUAGGAAGGGGGGGUUGUAACAUGAUAGGAAACUCUUCAUUCAGAUUUAUGGGAAGGUCUUCCAUGCCAUCACUUAAUUCUUUCAUGAAAUAGCAAUCCAAACACGUUUUCACUAUGCCAGCCACUAUGCAGACCCUGCAGCUCUCAUAUGACAGCAACGGACCUGAUCCAGGCUUCUUUGCUUUGCCAGCCUGAGCACUGGUGCACCACAAAGGCUUUUUGAUCUGUCCUCCCACCUUCUUUCCUGGCCAGGACUGUAGGAGUGGCAAUGGCUGUGUUGUUCAAUGAAUCUCUGCCACUGUUGGUCAGUAGGACUACAGCCUACUAUAAUGCUGGAGAAAUGAAAUAAGAAUUGGAGAGAUCACUAUAAGCAGCUUCAAUUAAUGCCCUUUCCACACAACAUUUUUUUCUCUUUAAAAGGCAUUGUUCAGCUUUCUCAUUCAGUUAAGGGCUAAAAAAAUGGUAUGUUUGAUACUCAUUCACAAACUUUGGCUUUCAUAUGCAAUCAGUGCUUUCGUAUACAAUCUGUUUACUUAACAAAGACAUUGUCUGGAUUCAAAAGAGUCUCAUAAGUGUAUAUCGGCAAUUAGUGCUUCAUCGGAAGUUCCCCAGAGUUUUGUAAGUGGCUUGUCUAGUGUUGCAAACGGCUGCAGGCAUAGUGAGGAACACUGGAAACUAUGACGUGGACACUUCCAGAAUAGUCCCCUUUGAUUCCAACACUUAAUAAUAUACAGGUAGUCACAUGUUCCAUAAGUGGUAAAGUUAUUUUCUAUUCUGUUAAACAAGUUCUGCAAAUAAGUCCACAAAGAAAUGAUUAGCCUACCUGUACCUGUGUAGCAUAAUUGGGGAGGUGGAGAGAGCCAAUUGACUUGCCAUUUGCAAAACCUUUCUUGGAAUGAGUUAUUACCAUAGCUAAACUGGCAAGCGCCUAUUUUCAAGUUUGUGUUCAGCUUAGACAUCUUGCAAGCUGAAGGAAAUUGCUGACUAUACCUUCCACUAUCUCAAGUUUGUAUGUUUUAAUAUAACUCAGCCUGUGAUCUUAAGAGUAAAGGAUGGUUAAGAAAUAAUGAUAACAACAGACGUGCAGUAUGUGUAAAAUAUGUACAUACAGAGUAAUUAUACGGAUUACUACUACUUUUUCUAUGUAUCAGAGACUUUGAUGUUAAAAUAGUUUUACUGGAUAAGGAGGGGUACCACACAUGAACAUGCUAAAUAUUUCAUACUCAGCCUUGUUUCAGAGUUUGGAGGCACAUACGAGCAGGUUUAUAUUCUGACUUGAAAUAAAGUUAUCAUAGGAAAAGCUAUUCAAAGGCAGGUUCACACUGUCCUAUCCCUUGAGUGGUUGUGUAACUGGGAGAAUGACCAUGUGGAUCAAGCCUUAUGUGAACUGGGCAGUAUGUGCUGGGAGCUGGUGUGGUUCUUACUGGUCUUGCUUCACACAGUUGGGCUCCGCAUCUACUUGAUUAGAGAGUAUGUUGCAAUUCUUACUGUCAUGUUUGUUUAAGUGCCACUUGUAUUUAAAAGCUAGAAUUAUAACUAGGGGUAGUUGCUGUUUUCCUUCUAGUCAAUCAGAGAUCUAUAUGUUUUAAAACAGACCUUUAUUUCUCUUUAUUUUCAGAGCAGAGAGGUGGUUUCCGUGGUGGACGAGGGAGAGGAUGGGGUGGCCGUGGUAAUCGCACUCGUGGAAGAAUCUACUAAAAUCAAUGGUGUUUUCAUUGCCAUGAUCAUCUUUCAAGUCUUGACGAAUUGCCUGGAGGGCUGCAUUGUUUAAAGAACUGUCUUCUGCAAAAGACUGAUUUAAAUGUUCUUAUACCUUUGUAUGUAUGAUCUACUUUUCUAAUGGACUGCAGACUCACCCACAGUGAAGCUACAACUGUAUUUUUGGAUGUUUAGCAGCUGGCAGUUUGAGUUUGUGUCUGGGUUUGUUUUUUAAGCAUCUUCAAGACUUAUUCAGGAAGAAAGCAUGGGUUUUCCUGCUGAUGUUACAUUCAUCUAUAAAUAUGGCUAUACAAAGUAGGCUCCUUAGUGUACAAUAAUUUUCAUAUGCUAGAUAAGAGGUGGAAAUGUUAUAACUGAAGUUGAAAUCAGCGGUAACCCUUCUCCAGACAAAAUCGUAGUUUUAUUUUAUUUUUUGCAGUAUGUGGGAAAGAAUGAUAUUGCAGAAAAAGUAGUAUAGGCUGCCAGUGGUAGCAUUGAUUGUUGAUAGGAAUCCUUGAUUUUUAAAAUGUGCAACAUGGAUGCAGAAGAAUCUCUGCUCUUUAUCAUAAGUCAGUCCAUUUACUUGUUGGGAAGGGUGGGAGGGAGCAGGGAAGACCAGAUGUUAACGUGAACACAUUUUGCUCUUCUCCAUAUAUUGUAACAUAAUGUGUGUUUUGCAAAUGGCUUUUUAAAUGUUCUCUAUAAAUGUGUGUGUGCAUAUAUAUAUUUAUAUAUAUGCCAUAAAAUUAUAGUGAAAAAGAAUAAAACUGCUAGAAAUGCUACCCCAAGAAUGGCAAAUUUGUGAUGCUGUAAUAACUCUUUCUUGUUAAAGAGCUUGGAUCAGUUUAGCCCUUAGAAGAAGCUCUUUUGUUUUUGUGUUUUUUGUUUUUUUAAUUAGUUAGAUACCUGUGUUUACAAAUAUUAAGCAUGGCAUUAGGCAUUUGAAAUUACUGCUAUUCAGUUGCACUUGGGUAAAAAGUUAAAACAUCUUGGUAAAUCUUACGUAAUAAUGGAAUCAUCAUAGUGAUAAGGAUUCUAGAUAUUUUAUUUAAAAUAAUAUGAUGUAGCAAACUUGAUUCUCACCUCCCCCAAAAAAUAUUUCCCAUUAAAAAUGUAUGUUGGGUCCUUAGGCAUGGGAGGAGGAAGAGUGAGCAGCAUAAAAUGUCAAUAUCAGUAACAGAUCAUAGGAAAAUUUAUAACACUGCAGGAAUGUUUAAGUUACCCAGUGUCAGGCUUUAUUUUAAAAAAUUGCAUAUUCAUUCUUCGCAUCACCCCCAUUCCCCUCUAGAGUUUGAUGCCUGUACUGAAAACCAACAUUUUGUACAAAGCAUAUUCCAGCAAGCCUCAUGUAUAUCAGAGAGAAACAGUUUAUAAACUGGACAAAUAAAUCAUUUUAAUCAUUCUUUGGGCCCCAUCUGUGCUAUGCAUUUAAAGCAGUAUCAUACCACUUGGAACAGUCAUGACUUCCCCUGCCAAAUAAUCCUGGGCACUGUAAUUUGUAAAGCAGGCUGAGAGUUCCCUAAGGAAAGCAACUGAUUGUUAAACCCCUCUGAGAAUUGCAGUCCUGAGGAGAAUAGGUGUUUCCUAACAACUCUCAGACCCUUUAACAAACUACAGUUCCCAGGAUUCCUUAGGGCAAACCAUGACUGUUUAAACCAGUAUGGAACUGCAGGUGAAGCCUUGAUGUGUACAACCUUGUUUCGUUUUUCUUUCAAUGGCCACAAACAUGAUUCUAAUUAAGGAGAAACAUCUACAUCUAUUCAGAUUUUUGUUUUAGAAACUGGCCUGGUCAAAGUACAAAUAAUUGAUCAAAAUGGAUUUUGAAAUAUUUUUGGUUAAUUCAGUAUGCUGCAUAUUUUGGUUACUAUGGCAAUUUGAGGUCCUUUAAUAAUGUGAAAGCCUAAUUUUUAAGGAUGGGCAAUCAGUGAUUACUACUGUGCCCAAGUAUCUUUGGACAGGGAGUGGGGAGGGUCCCCUAGGUAACAAAUUGACUAAAAACUAUUUCUAUUCAUAAAUGAUGUGCAGAUUGUCCUUAGAAACAGCUAGCUUUUUCACUUUUUGUUGUGGCUGCAGUUACUUCUUUUUGGAGACACCCAUUAAUCACAUUCUCUUUGUAAAAUUUCCUUUAUGCCUUUGCAAUAAAUCCAUUUUGUAAUUUUGUUAGUGACUUCUUGUUGCUUGGUCUUUUUUAAAUGAUAGCUUCCUGAAAACACACUGGACUUUUAACAAAAUAUGUCAUCUCUAGGUUUUAGGGAUAAUCUAAAUGUAAACCAUUUUUGUGUGUUCUUAUGAGUUGGGUGUGAUGCAAAAGAGAGUUAAAUAUAAUUAAUUCACUU